AUGUUGAGGGCGACUCUCCUUGGGCCCCUUUCGACGAUCAAGAGCCAGACAACGCGCAGGAUCACUCAGAGGAACAUGCAGGCGCAGGCUGCGGCGGGCUUGCCCAGCGAGCUGCACCCGAGGGCUGCAACCGUGCUUACGUUCUGGUUCGGCCCUGACUUUCCCAAACAAGUCCCGCACGACGUCCACAGCGCCGAGGCGAGGAAGUGGUUCUUCGGCGGCACUGCGGUGGACGACGAGAUUCGCGAGCUGUUCGCGGACGAGGUCGGGGCCGUCAUCGGCGGCGGGCUGACGGAGUGGCGAACGACGCCACUGGGCAAGCUGGCGCGCAUCAUUGUCGCGGACCAGUUCACGCGGAACGUCCACCGCGGGAGCCCCAAGGCGUACGCAGGCGACCCGAUUGCCUUGCAGGAGGCCCUCGGCAUGAUGGAGGCGGGGGAGGACAAGCAGCUGCGCGCCAUCGAGCGCUCCUUUGCGUACCUCCCGCUGGAACACAGCGAGUCGCUCGACAUGCAGGACAGCGCCGUCGCGGCGUUCGAGGAGCUGUUCGAGGACGUCAGGGCACGCAGCGGGCUCCCGGAGGACGGCGGUGCGUUCGGCGCAGUGGUGGGGCAGUUUGAGCAGUUCAAGGACUUCGCGGUCAAACACCGGGAGGUCGUGGCCAGGUGGGGGAGGUUCCCGGGGCGGAACCAGGCGCUGGGGAGGGAGAGCACGCCAGAGGAGACCCGGGGGCUCGCGGACGGGAGCAUCCCUAAGUUCUGA